GAGGGCGGGGAGAAAGGGGGGGGGGAUUGAAAAAAAAAGAUGGCGGAAAAUUUAAAAGGCUGCCGCGUGUGCUGCAAGUCGUCGUGGGCGCAGCUGCAGGAGCUGUGCCGCCUGGAGCGCCUGCGCUGCCGCGCCCUGGGCGUCAGCCGCCGCAACCUGGCCCACUUCGAGGUCGAGUACCUCUGCGACUACAAGCGCGUCGGGGCGGAGGAGUUCUACCUGGUGAAGUGGCGGGGCUACCCGGAGACGGCCAACACGUGGGAGCCGCGCAAGCACCUGCGCUGCCGCGGGCUGCUCAAGCAGCUGCACCAGGACCUGGCGCGGGCGCCGGGGGGGCCGGCGCGGCCCGGCCCCCGGGGGCUGCCCGCCCGCGCCGCCGCCUACCUGGUGCAGAAGGCGGAGCAGCGGCGGGCGCUGCGGCGCUGGGAGCGGCGCCUCAACGCCGAGCGGCGCCACCGGGGCCGCAUCGCCGUGGAGAACGAGGUGGACCUGCACGGCCCGCCGGCCGACUUCGUCUACGUCAACGAGUACAAGGUGGGCGCCGGCGUCAGCCUCAGCCCCGUGGCCGCCGGCUGCGAGUGCCGCGACUGCCUGGCCGAGGCGGCGGGCGGCUGCUGCCCCGGCGCCUCCCGCAACAAGUUCGCCUACAACGAGGCCGGGCAAGUGCGCAUCCGGGCCGGGCUGCCCAUCUACGAGUGCAACUCGCGGUGCCGCUGCGGCGCCGACUGCCCCAACCGCGUGGUGCAGAAGGGCAUCCGCUACGACCUCUGCAUCUUCCGCACGGGCAACGGCCGCGGCUGGGGCGUCCGCACCCUCGAGCGCAUCCGCAAGAACUCCUUCGUCAUGGAGUACGUGGGCGAGAUCAUCACGUCGGAGGAGGCGGAGCGGCGGGGGCAGGUCUACGACCGGCAGGGAGCCACCUACCUCUUCGACCUCGACUACGUGGAGGACGUCUACACCGUGGACGCCGCCCGCUACGGCAACAUCUCCCACUUCGUCAACCACAGCUGCGACCCCAACCUGCAGGUCUACAACGUCUUCAUCGACAACCUGGACGAGCGGCUGCCGCGCAUCGCCCUGUUCGCCACCCGCCCCAUCCGCGCCGGCGAGGAGCUCACCUUCGACUACAACAUGCACGUGGACCCGGUGGACGCCGAGAGCACCCGCAUGGACUCCAACUUCGGGCUGGCCGGGGGCCUGGGCGGCUCCCCCCGCGCCCGGGGCCGCAUCGAGUGCAAGUGCGGGGCCGCCGCCUGCCGCAAGUACCUCUUCUAGGCGCCCCGGCCCCGCCGGGCCCCCCCCCGAAACACGCUCUGUUUGGCAACGGCGGGCUCCGGGCGUGGCGGCUAGGCGUGCUGCCGGCGCCACACGAUGACGGUGCCGGCGGCGUCGCUGGAGGCCAGCAGGCUCUCGUCGCAGUUGAAGGCCACGGCCAGCACCGGCCCGCCGUGGCCCCGCAGCGAGUUGAGGGCGGCGCGCGAGGCCCGCGCCACGUCGAAGAAGUGCACGCACGCGUCCUCGCUGCCCGUCACUGCGUCGCCGUGGCAACGGCGGGAGGAAAGGGGGCGGGGCCUGAGGGGCUGCCCCGCGGCACCCUGGGAUACAUCCCCCCACGCUGCCCCAAGGCACCCUGGGAUACAUCACCCUCCCCCAUG